UCCCCAUGCCGAGGGCAGGAGCAGAGCCGCAGCCUGGGCCAGGGCUGCAGCCCUGGGCUCGCACGGCCUGACCAGCACCGGUCGGCCAACAGUGCCAGCCUCGACGGCUGCCCCGCGGGACCUGCCUUUCGGCUCUGCGCUGGCUGCAGGAGCAGCCGCCCCGCUCCCGGGGGUGCCGAGGGCUCGGGCCCCCGCCUCGGCACUUCGCACCCACCCCUGUGAGGCGGCGGCCGGCUCCGAGGGGCUGGCACGUUCCUGAGGGCGUCCCUGCCCGUCGUUGGGGUGCAUCCAGGCCAACGGUGCUGAUGUCACUGUGGCCAUUGUGACCCGCGGGGGACAAGCCUGCAUAAAGCAUCGCUGGGCUCAGGCUGUGCCUCAGCGCGACCUGGUGAGGUGAGGGGAGGGCAGGGGUGGACGGGGCUCGUGCGGGGCUGCCGAGGGAGGAGGGCGGCCCCGUGCCGGGGGGCGCUGGGCCUCUGCUGCAAGCUGACCCGCGCCCUGCUUCUCCCCCAGAGUCAACCGAGGAGCACUUGGGAGAGACACCCCAGCACUGCGGGGACAGCGACUCUCCCAGCACUCACUGUUGAUGGGUGAGAUGACUGCGAGGAAGCAGGAGGCCGCCGACUCGAUGGAGCCAGCAUGCAUGCUGUGUGGCCGGGCAGAGGCUGACCCGGACAUCUGCGGGUACAAACUGCAGAAGCGAGGGCUCUGCGCCCACCUCUUUUGCCUGUUUUUUGCCAACAGGCUCUUCCAGAAAGAGUCCCACAACGUGGGCCUGAUGGGAUUCCCCCUGAGGGAUAUUCGCCAUACAGUCGAGCAGGCAGCGCAGCAGCGCUGCUUCGUCUGUGGCGAGAGCGGGGCCGCCAUCACCUGCUGCCAGGAGGGCUGUGACCGCAGCUUCCACCUCCCCUGCGCCGUGGAGGGGGAAUGCGUCAUGCAGUUCUGUGGGCUUUACAGGUCCUUCUGCUGGCAGCACCGCCCAGAGCAGGCAGUGGAGGCGGCUCCGGGGGAGAACACUGCCUGCCUCAUCUGCCUGGACCCGGUGGAGGACAGGAAGUCCUACGGCACCAUGGUGUGCCCAGCGUGCAAACACGCCUGGUUCCACAGGGCCUGCAUCCAGGGACAGGCUGCGCGCGCCGGCAUUUGCUUCCAGUGCCCUUUCUGUAGAGAUAGGCGUGCAUUUCUCAAAGAGAUGCUCACCAUGGGCAUCCGAAUCCCAUUCAGAUUGCCAUCAUGGGAGAAUGGGCACGCAGAUGAUGAGCAAAAUGAGAGGCACAGCCGCUGCGAUGCCCGUGAGUGCCUUUGCCCAGGAGGCAGGCAGCACACAAAGCGACAGGGGCCCUGGCAACUGCUCCUGUGCUGCUCCUGCGCUGCCGAGGGCACCCACAGACGAUGCUCCCACUUGGGGACCGGCGCGGCCAGAUGGGAGUGCGACAGCUGUGCUGGCCUGGGCACCGCCUCCAGUGGCAGCUCGGAGGUGGCGGGUCCCAUCACCGAGAGCCACACUGGUCUCCAGGCGGCAUCGGGGCCAUCCCAAAGCUCCCCAGUGCCUGAGAGCAGCAGCUGCUCCAGCCCACCUGGGCCUGACCGUGUGCGAGACCGAGCUCGCUCACGGCGUAGUGCCCAAAAACCCUACAGCCGGCCCACAAGACACCGUGGCAGGAGCAGUGCACCAGCACGCAGGGCUGAGAGGAGCACCCCAGGACAGUUGGCACGGGGACGGUCCCACAGCUCGCUUGUCCCCGAGUCCAGCAGCCCCAGCACCAGCACCACGGCGGCAUCAGGGUCCUCCUCCAGCUUCACAGAACUGGAGAGUAGCAGCCCCAGCAGCACUGGUGGCCAAGGGGCAUCGGGGCCGUCUCAAAGCAGCUCCCCACCACCUGAGAGCAGCAGCUGCUCCAGCCCACCUGGGCCCGACCGCGUGCGAGACCGCUCUCGCUCGCGGCGUCGGGCCCAAAAGCCCUACAGCCGGCGCACAAGAGGCCGUGGCAGGAGCCGCGCACCAGCACCCAGGGCUGAGAGCAGCAGCCCCGCACAGUCGGUGCCGGGAUGCUCCCGUGGCUCCCCGGUACCCGAGACCGGCAGCCCCAGCACCCCCAGCUCUGCACGGCUCCAGAGCAGCCGCCGCCCCAGCCGCCCCGGGCCCGUGCGGGGACGAGACCGCUCCCGCUUACGACGUCGGGCCCAGAACCCUUACAGCCUGGCCCGGACGCUGACGCGCGACCAGCCCUGCGCCGGCCCUGCCUGCUGGCCCUGA